UAAUCAAGUAACUUUUGCUAUUAACGAGGCACUAUAUGAUAAUCAAACCAAAUUUGAUAUUCACAAUAAUGUUGUAUAUGAGAUCGAUCAUCCUGAAAAUAAAACCAAUGAUGCAAUUAAUUUUGAAGGUGCAAAUGACAAGAAUAUGAUAGAUCAGAAAUGGUGUUAUCUAGAUGUUGCUCAAUUUUCUAAAAGCUACUUAUCUGACAAACUCGUUACCCAACAUCAUAUAGGGUUAAA